AGCGUGUUUACUCGUUCCACGCAUGCGCAGACGGGACCUCCUGCUAAAUGGAGGCUGUUUGAAAUAUUAUUGUGCACUGGUUGAAAAGUUUAAACUACCCCAUGGUAUUGCAGCGGAUAUUUACCAACUAGUUACGGUCGUCCAGAGUGGUCACUAUGGACAGUGGUACUGAUGGUGCUGAGCAAGUGGGACAAGAAAGAUCUCCAUCUUCAGCUGGUUCAUGUUCUCCUGUAAUGGACCGUAACCCAUCACCACCCCCGGACACAGCUGAUGGAGCAGACGAUGAAGAUGUGGAUGCCAUUGGAGACACUGUUUACAGCAAACACUGGCUUUUCAGUACCCUGACUCGUCUCAUCCAUAUGGUCACAGAGCAUUCAGAGGAGAGCUCUGAGGGUCAGAUGCAGCUCUCUGACGAUGAUGAGGAAGAUCUGUGUAGAGUUUGGGAUAUGGCAAUGGAUAAGGAUGUCGCUGGUUUUCUGCAGGAAUUCAAAGCAACAGAUAUCCUUCUUGGAGUAAUAGCUAAAUCUCGUUGUCCACGUCUCACAGAAAUUAGUGUAGGAAUCCUUGGCAACAUUGCCUGUUUUCCUGAAACUUGUGUGACUCUCAGCCAAAAUGAAGAUUUAGGUGCUGUGCUGUUGCUUCUUCUUGGAGAUAGAGAUCCUCCAACCCUUCUGGAGACAAGCAGAUUGCUGCUGACCUGCAUGUCUCAGAAAGACGUCUGUUCCUUGUGGCUUCAGCGAAUACGACAGCAGACUUCUGUGUGCUCCAGCCUUUGUUUCAUCAUGUGCAGUUCUACCAACACGGACCUGCUUGAGAAGGUUGGAGAGCUGGUUGACAAACUGUUUGACCUCGAUGAAGAGCUGAUGAAGAGCUGGAUCACAACUCCGCCAAAUGAAGAGAAGGGGGACGAUGGUGAAAGCAGUUUGGAUGUGACCUCGUGUCUUCUCGAGGCAGCCAAGCAGCUGAGAACAGAGAAUCCAAAUGGCGUAGAGGUUUACCUUCACAUCCUCCAACUCCUCACUACUAUAGAUGAGGGCAUUCAGGUAUUUGCUGCCCCUGAUGGACCUGGCAAAGCGGUAUGGGACUUUGUGUGUGAUGUAGUAUGUGAGGACCUCUGCCAGCCAAAUGAUCUUCCAGUUGUCCUGCAUGAACAGAAGAGUAUUCUAGUUCAGGCAUUUGCAGUGCUGCAGGCUCUUUAUAGAUGCCAGGAUCAGUGGAGCAGCACAAGUGACGCAAGUCUGCCUCUGAUUGGGAGCAUCUUGCGGGUGUGUCAGUACCACAGUGAGUGCAAAGACGUGACAAACAAAGAAGACACAAAAGAUGAACAGCUCCAGACCCUUGCAGAGAUCACAGCCGAGUUUUUAGCUGACCUCUGCAUUCACAUUCCCAAGGACACGGUUGCAGAUUUGGUAAAGAAAGGCUACCUGACAGAGAAGACUUGCCUCACAGCUGCAGCCAGUUUACUCCCCAAGUUUAAGACUUCAUUUCAGCACCUGCAGCUCGUGUUGUCAGAGGCUGAUCCCCAACUGGCAGAUGUGGUGAGGACACAGUUUCCUUCCUGAGGUUCCCUGCAGAUCAGUGUUCAGAACUCAUUCAGACUCUCAUCACUGCUUUUUAUAGCAGACGGUGUUUCCCCUGCAAAGACCCUGUUUUAACUCAGACUAUUUGCAUUUCCACUGGAAAGACACCGCCACUAAUGGCACGUGUUUUCACAUUGUGAGCCGCUGCCAACUAAACUUUGGAAAAUUAAAGUAGUGCUUUUGUUUAAAAUUUUCAGUUGUUCUCAGAAUGCUAUUUUUGUAUUUAGUGAUGACAGACUUCUAUUAAAAUGAUUUGUGCUUGGAAA